AGUAAAAGGGCAUGCCACGUAUGUAUAUUUUUCUCAUUGCUAAAGCUGUCUUAAGAAUUGGCGCACCACAAUUCACUUUCGCUGUUACUUGUAGGAGGGUUUGUUGCUCAGGGACGCCCAGUUAGCUUGCGCAGGUCAGACUAGUUCAGUUAGAUUUUAGCAUUCUGUAGGCUAUUAACUGAGUACCGCAAGCUCAACAAUCAUCUGGUUUGGGUGUGCGCACACGCUACCGCCACUCUUUGUCUUAAAUCAAAAGCUAAACGCCAAGUAACAACAAGCUACAAGAAGAAGGUGUAUGAAGUGGAGAGUAACAGACAGCAAGGCAAUCAAACAAAACAAGUAAACAACCAACCAAACAAGCCGCAGAUUGUCCAAGUAAGCAACAUUUGGCUUGUUGGCUCACAUAUCGCACCUACAAAUGUUCGGCUGAAGCUCAGUAGCGGUCGGGAGACGUUGCUGUGCAGUUGAGUUGGCGCGCUUCUUCUAUACUACAAUCGAGUAGCAUUGUAUUGAAAAAUAAUUUGUUUUCGUUUUGCUCGCAUUAUAUUACGUAUCGUAUUUUUUAUUAUUAUUUAUUUAAUUUGGUUGUCGACUUUUGUGUUUGUUUUUAUCUGCAACAAUGACGGUAUACGACGAACUGUAUGAGCGCCUCUCAAAGGUCGGUCAGGAGCAUUUGCUUAAAUUCUGGGAUGAGUUGACACUCGAUCAGCAGGAGAUUUUGGUGCGUGAUAUAGACGAACUCAACCUGAAAGAAUUGAAGUUAUAUUUUGAACGCGCCACAGCAUCGCUGCAAGAGAAUGGCAUUAAGCUGGAUGAUCGUAUGCAACCUGUGCCCGAGGAGAACCUAGUUAGCAUUGAGCGUACGGCCGAAGAGCGUCUCAAGGCUUAUGAAGCAGAGGGUAUGCGUCAGAUCAGCGCGGGACAUGUUGCUGUCUUGCUAAUGGCUGGUGGACAAGGCACCCGUUUGGGUUUCGCUCACCCAAAGGGUAUGUACGACGUGGGUCUCCCAUCGAAGAAAUCACUCUUUCGCCUACAAGCCGAGCGCAUACAGAAAUUGGAGGAAUUGGCUUACGCCGCUACUGGCAGUCGUGGCAACAUCACGUGGUACAUCAUGACAUCGGAGCACACAAUACAACCAACAAAUGAAUACUUCAUGGCUAACAACUAUUUCGGACUGAAAAGGGAGAAUAUCAUACUCUUCGAACAGGGUUCAUUGCCAUGUUUCGAUUAUGAUGGUCGCAUUAUAUUGGAUCAAAAGCAUCGUGUUGCACGCGCACCCGACGGUAACGGUGGAUUGUACCGGGCGUUGAAACAACAAGGCAUACUGGAGGAUAUUAAAAAACGCGGCAUCUUAUAUUUGCAUGCUCACAGUGUAGAUAAUAUAUUGAUUAAGGUCGCCGAUCCGGUUUUUAUCGGUUAUUGUGUACAAGAGAAUGCCGACUGUGCAGCCAAGGUGGUGGAAAAAUCACAUCCCAACGAAGCUAUCGGUGUGGUCGCCAUAGUGGAUGGCAAAAAUCAGGUGGUGGAGUAUAGCGAAAUAUCGGCAAAAACCGCUGAAAUGCGCAAUCCCGACGGACGCUUAACUUUCAGCGCCGGCAAUAUAUGCAAUCAUUUCUUCUCGGCAGCUUUCUUGCAUCAAAUUGGUGACACAUAUGAGAAACAGUUGAAACUACACGUGGCCAAAAAGAAGAUACCAUUUGUGGAUAAUUCGGGCAAACGUAUUACGCCAGAAAAACCCAAUGGCAUCAAAAUCGAAAAAUUCGUCUUUGACGUAUUUGAGUUUGCGCAAAAAUUCGUCGCUAUGGAAGUGCCACGUCACAUCGAGUUUAGCGCGCUAAAAAAUGCUGACAGCGCUGGUAAGGAUUGCCCAGCUACAGCACGCGCAGAUUUAGCACGUCUACAUAAGCGUUAUAUUGAAGCCGCCGGUGGCAUUGUGCAUGGUGAGGAGUGUGAGAUUUCGCCGUUUAUAAGUUAUGCUGGCGAAAACUUGGCGCCGCUAGUGGCUAGCAAAUCUUACACAAGCCCCGUUUACUUGCGUAGCAAUCGCGACCCCUACCAUGGACAUCUGUGACUUGAUUAGACGUUUUAGAUAUGUGAAUAUGCUGAUAAAUUUAAAUAAGUAGUUGACUGAUGUUAACUGUGUAUGUACAGUUGUAAAAGCAGUUUAUGCUAGAUUUGUAUAGUUUUUGUUAUGAUUUCCGUUAAUUUAAUAUAAACAAAUGUAUGUAAAUUGUAUUUAGAACAAAAUUUAUUGAUCUGUAGACUGUGCGUUAAAAAAUAUUAUCUACAAAUAUUAUAUUUAAUACUUAUUUUACAAUCGAAAUUAAAAAGCGUUUAUGUAAUUUAAAAAAAACACACACACAUUUGCUAAGCAAAAAUUCAGAAAAAAACGUAUGCUACUUAUAACUACUUUGAUUUUCAAAUAUUAAUUAUUCAGUUAGUAGUAUUAUUGUACGCAAUUUUUUAUUUUCUUUAAUAUUGGAACAACAAUUUAUAACUACAUAUUACAACAAUAUUAUACAUACAUACAUAUAUACACAUGCGAGCAAACAUGUGUUUUUUAUAUGACUUUAUGCUUUUUCUUAUAGCUCUUGUAAAUUUUGAGGUUAAAUAUUAUAAAGAAAAUUAAGUGCAAUCUACAUAUAUUAAUAAUCAUGUACUAUCGGGUGAUUUUUUAAGAGCUUGAUAACUUUUUAAAAAAAAAAAACGCAUAAAAUUUGCAAAAUCUCAUCGGUUCUUUAUUUGAAACGUUAGAUUGGUUCAUGACAUUUACUUUUUGAAGAUAAUUUCAUUUAAAUGUUGACCGCGGCUGCGUCUUAGGUGGUCCAUUCGGAAAGUCCAAUUUUGGGCAACUUUUUCGAGCAUUUCGGCCGGAAUAGCCCGAAUUUCUUCGGAAAUGUUGUCUUCCAAAGCUGGAAUAGUUGCUGGCUUAUUUCUGUAGACUUUAGACUUGACGUAGCCCCACAAAAAAUAGUCUAAAGGCGUUAAAUCGCAUGAUCUUGGUGGCCAACUUACGGGUCCAUUUCUUGAGAUGAAUUGUUCUCCGAAGUUUUCCCUCAAAAUGGCCAUAGAAUCGCGAGCUGUGUGGCAUGUAGCGCCAUCUUGUUGAAACCACAUGUCAACCAAGUUCAGUUCUUCCAUUUUUGGCAACAAAAAGUUUGUUAGCAUCGAACGAUAGCGAUCGCCAUUCACCGUAACGUUGCGUCCAACAGCAUCUUUGAAAAAUACGGUCCAAUGAUUCCACCAGCGUACAAACCACACCAAACAGUGCAUUUUUCGGGAUGCAUGGGCAGUUCUUGAACGGCUUCUGGUUGCUCUUCACCCCAAAUGCGGCAAUUUUUCUUAUUUACGUAGCCAUUCAACCAGAAAUGAGCCUCACCGCUGAACAAAAUUUGUCGAUAAAAAAGCGGAUUUUCUGCCAACUUUUCUAGGGCCCAUUCACUGAAAAUUCGACGUUGUCGCAGAUCGUUCGGCUUCAGUUCUUGCACGAGCUGUAUUUUAUACGGUUUUACACCAAGAUCUUUGCGUAAAAUCUUCCAUGUGGUCGAAUAACACAAACCCAAUUGCUGCGAACGGCGACGAAUCGACAUUUCACGGUCUUCAGCCACACUCUCAGAAACAGACGCAAUAUUCUCUUCUGUACGCAUUCGUGUGGUUGGUUUAAUGUCCAAUAAAGUAAACUGAGUGCGAAACUUGGUCACAAUCGCAUUAAUUGUUUGCUCACUUGGUCGAUUAUGUAGACCAUAAAUCGGACGUAAAGCGCGAAACACAUUUCGAACCGAACACUGAUUUUGGUAAUAAAAUUCAAUGAUUUGCAAGCGUUGCUCGUUAGUAAGUCUAUUCAUGAUGAAAUGUCAAAGCAUACUGAGCAUCUUUCUCUUUGACACCAUGUCUGAAAUCCCACGUGAUCUGUCAAAUACUAAUGCAUGAAAAUCCUAACCUCAAAAAAAUCACCCGAUACAUACAUAUAUACAAUGCAAUAUUAUGCAAAAUAAAAAAAAAAUAUUAUGAAAAGCAACAAUA